AUGGAAGGAAGGCCAAAGCGCUCCAACGCUGUAGAAAAAGACUAUAGAGAACGGAAGCGAGUUCGAAGAAGAAGCAGUACUGACAAUCCCAUUGCCGCCACCAACAACAAGCAAGUGAACACCAAGGCAAGCAGCACAAAGGAUCAGUCCAGCAGCAAGGAAACAGAAUCCAAAGAGGACGCCAACGUUCAAGGUACAAUUGAGAGUAUCUACAAAGAGUUAUUGGAAUUGAAGGAUCCAGAAGAUGAGGAAUACGACCUUUGUGGCAUCUUUAUGGAACUGCCUUCCAAAGAUGAAUAUCCAGACUACUAUGAAAUCAUCAGACACCCAAUUGCAUUACAAGUUAUCAAGGCCAAAAUUGAUGCACGCGAAUAUAAACAACUGGCUCAAUUCAGAGCAGAUAUCGAUCAAAUGGCCACGAAUGCAAAAAAGUACAAUGUCAAGGGAUCUCAAGUGUACGAAGAUGCAGUUAAAAUCCAGAAAUUCGUGAAGCAUUGGCAACCACAGUCCAAAGGAAAGGCGGCGGUAAAGCUUCCAGCGAAAACAGCGUCAUCCUCAUCGUCAAAGCAUGCCAACACCACAGCAGCAUCGAGCGCCACUACUUCACCGCCCUCCAAGAUCAAAGCCAUCAAACUGAAAGCAGUGGAUAAGCAAAAGUCCAAGAGCAAUACGAAGACGUUAAUGGCAGCUAUUAGUAGACGAGAAACGAAGCGAUGCUUGGAAAUAUUAGCGGAAGAUCCCAGCUUGGAUCCAAAUGAGCUGAUAUCCGUCGAAAUGUUCAAUGACAAAUUCACCUGGGCACCACUCCACGCAGCAUCCUAUUACGGUGAUGUCAAAUUAGUAGAGGCAUUAAUAGCGAGAGGAGCCGACAUUGAGCUGAAUGACACAUGGUAUUCUGCAACACCACUGGGUUGGGCUGCAUUUGGUGAUAGAGACAAGGUAGUUAAACUCUUGGUGUCGAAAUACAAUGCAAAUACGAAAGCAGAAAAUGUGCAUGGGCAAGUGCCCUUUGACGUGGUGUCGGAUCAAGAAGACCCUCGAUGGGUAGGGCUUUUUGAUCAGCCACAGCAAGCUACCGCCGCUGCCAACACCAAUACUAUCAAUUUACCACCUAAAUUACAGCAACAGCAACAACAGUUGCAACAAAAGCAGCAGCAACAACAAGUGCUUCAGCAGCAGCAAGCGCAAAAGCAUCAGCAAUUACAACCUAAUCAGCAGCCAGCAUCACCAGCACAGCAACAGCAGCAACAGCAACAAAUUGUGUUGCAGAGAUUUCCACUCGCCAAUACGAAUAACAACAUUGCAGGUGAUGGAUCCAUGAUUAAAAAGAGAAGAGGCAGACCACCCAAGAGUGAGACAGACGCAGCCUCUGUUAGACCCACAGCAGAAAUCGAUAUCAGUACGUUUGAUCCUGUAGCUUUUGAGAUUGAAUUAUUCAACGCUAUUCGAACCCACACCGACAACCAGGGCCGUCUGUAUUCUGAACAAUUUGAAGAUUUGCCUGAUCGCAGAGAAUAUCCAGACUACUACAAGGAGAUCAAGAAGCCACGAUCAUUGACUGAAAUAGCUGAAAAGAUGCAGACCAAAGCGUAUCGCAACUUGAAUGCAUGGAUGGUGGAUAUGAAAUUAGUGUUUGAUAAUGCGCUCAAUUACAACGAACCUGGAUCAAGAAUAUUCCGUGACGCCAAACUGUUGUUGCGUUUAUUACAUCGCCUCAAGGAACGUAUCUUGGCACGCUUGUUGGUACCUAUCAGCCAGGAAGACGCUGUGUUUAGCUUGGAUUUGACCAGUCGACCUUUUGAUGUGGAUGCAUUGAGUGAAGAUAAACGUAAAAUUAAACGGUUCCUGUCGAAUAAUAAGUCGAGAACACAGAGCAGUGAACCGCCUACAGAUCAUCAAUCCGCCUACAUGUUGCACCAUCCCCAUCUCCCACAGCAACAACAGCAAACACCUCAACAGGUGUUGCAGCAGCAAGUGAUGCUUCAGCAGCAGCAACAACAACAGCAACUCUUAUUGCAACAGCAGCAGCAGCGAAUGGUAGCACAAGCUCCAUCUCAACAACCUCACAUAGGUACACCUAUCAUGAUGAUGCCCCCUCCAUCAUUACCUCUUCCACAACAACAGCAGCAAUCACAGCAACAAGUUUUUGAUGCCAAUACCAACGCAAUGGCUGCUUCCAAUGCUGCUACUGCCGCUGCUGCCGUUGCCGCUGCUGCAGCUGCCUCUGCUGUCAACAAUACUAACAAAGCAUCGCCUUCCAUCUAUUCUGCAGAUGUCAGUCAAUCUUCUCCCAAUUCACCAUUUCCCAAAGCAUCCAAAGAAUUCUAUGCUACAUGUCAAAAUGAAUUAAACCUAUUUAUAAAUGAAUUAAAAAUCACAAGCCCACACAACACCACUGUCAACAUGACCAUUGACGGCGAAUACACCAACCAUUCCGUCUGUGUUCCUUCCAACGUCGAAACACUGUUGAUUCAGCCUGAACUGGUGAAGGCGCUCAAGGCAGAGGAGAGACGACUCAGCAUCAUUGUGUUGCAAAAUAACAUCAAAUUAAAUACACCUACAUUGGCUGAAUGGCAAACGGUUCCAUUGACACGAGGAACCAACAUUAUCAAGAUCAAUGUCACUGCGAACUGUACAAAGCCAGAUUCAAACAUUCCUGAAUACAAGUCGAAAACCUAUCAUUUGUUUGUCACUCGUACCUGGUAA